AUGCUAGGCACGGCAAUAGGGUCGCGCGCGGCGGUCGUCGCGCAGGGAGCAAGUCCCGCUACUCUUGCUCGUGUAGUUGUCUUCCGAUUAGCCGCGAAGCCAGCAGCAGCCAUCGAGAGGCGCUUGGGGCCGGCGUUGGUUCGCACCAUGUUGCUCACCAGCAGCGGCACUGCCUACAGAAUACAACUCCCCUCCCACGAACCUGCAUUUUUAAAACAAACGCCGCUCGGAGAUUCUUCUCCACGCAGGCUUCCAUUUUCUUCGUUCUCGCGUCCGCGCCACCACCGCGAUCGAGAGCGCCCAUUUUCCCUGCGCUCGACUAGUAGCCGUUCCUGGCUUGAACCCAUGAUUCACCACCGCGGUUCAGGACUCAGGGUUUUUUCUCCUCCGCGCGCGCUCCCGUUGCGGCGGGGCUGCGGUGGCGCGCAGGGGGGAGCUGCGCUGAGCGGAGCAGCGCGGCCGGUGACGUCAGCGGCUUGCGGGCAAGAGAGCAGCAGUGGCGGUAGCGUGGGAUUGGCGGGGAAUGAGCGACGGAGGUUGCAAGAGGGAGAGCGAGGGGGAGCGCAAGGGGGAGCGCAGAGAGGAGAGCAGCAGCAACCAGGGCGGCAGGUUGGUGCCAGCACGGAGCUCAGCAGGCAGUGGCGGCGCUUAUGCUACUACCACACACAAGGGAAGUGCGGUCUCAGCGAAGACAAAGACCACACGAAGAAGUUUUCGCACGACCUGCCCGACCUGUCGAUGCGGGCAGGGCAGCUAAAAAAAGUUCGGAAGCAAGCAUUUGAUUAUUUCCUGGUGCUGGACCUGGAAGGGCGCGUGGAGAUCCUGGAGUUCCCCGUCGUGCUGCUGUGCGCUCGCUCCCUGCGCGUCGUCAGCCACUUCCACCGCUUUGUGCGGCCGGACCUCAUGACACAGGAGCGGCAGGCGGAGUAUAUUGGAGGGAAGUACGGCCCGUGGGGACUCGCCAGGGUGUGGCAUGACACGGCCAUCCCGUUUGCUCAAGUGCUGGCGGAGUUCGAACAGUGGCUGGAGCAGCACAACCUGCUGGAUCACAGCAGCAGCGCCACCACCACCUGGAAUGAGGAGAGUGCUUUGGAAGCGGGAGAUACGACGGAGGAAGGGGUAUGGGAGGAGGAGAAGUGGGAAGAGGGGAGAGAGGAGCAGGGCAUUGGUAGAGAGGAGAAAGAUUCCAGAGGCGAUGAAUUCAGCAAUGCCGUGGCCGUCUCAGCAUCUCCGCCUGCAGUAGCAGCGCAAACGUUGGGUCACGGGCCGGGGUUGCGGUCAGCAAUAGUGGUGACGUGUGGCAACUGGGAUGUGAAGAGCAAGAUAGUGGAGCAGUGCCGCGACAGUCAGGUGCCCCUGCCCACCUACUUCCUGCAGUGGACCAACCUCAAGGACGUGUACCUCAACUUCUACAAGCGCAAGGCGUCGGGCAUGAUGCCGAUGAUGAAGGGGCUGCAGAUGGCACCACUGGGCACGCACCACGUGGGGCUGGACGAUGCGCUCAACAUCACGCGUGUGCUGCAGCGCAUGCUCUCCCACGGCGCCCUCAUCCGCGCCUCCGCUCGCCGCGUUGGCCCAGGGCCCGCCGACGUGGAGUAUGCGUUCAAGAGGAGAGUCAAGUGA